AUGUCGAUAUUUAAACCUAAAUACCAUUUUUUGAUGAGAGAUAACUCACUUCUUUCGGAAAGCAAUUUGCCUAGAUCCAGCACCUUGCAUCAGGUGGAAGAUUCAAUGAAGGCCCACUUAAGGUUUUUACAGGGCAAUCCAAAAACUCUACCUCACAAAUUCGUCACAGAUGAUGCAACAUUCAGCUUUGACGACCCCUCAGAGGUCCCUAUUGUCAUGGAUCCUUCUGCUAACACCUUCCAUAGUCUUUCAAGUAAAUGGCAGCUGAGUGACAUGCACAGAAGCAGUUGGCUUUUUUAUGACAAUGGAAAUGAACAAUCAGACGAUCAACCAGAUGCUAUCACUAGCUUCUUUCUAGAGGGCAGCCAAUCUGAAAUAUUUUUAGAAAAUGGAGACGAUUUGAUACCAAAGGACGACCUAGAAUAUGUAACUCAACUAGUUGAGAUUUUUGUACAAAGAUCUCAUAUGCUUUCGAAGUGCACCAAAAUGAGUUAG